GCUUUCCAGUCUCUCCAACUGCUUCCCUGUCUGCCUCCCUCUUUCGUUCGGUCAUUGACAAUUUGUUUUCUUUUGGGGCAAAAGAUAUGUCACUUGUGUUACUAUAAUCCAUCACCUCCCACUCCAGUUGGUGUAUACGUUCUCUUGAAUUUCCACUACCGAGACUACCAUGGACGAGAACCUAAAGAAAGAGUACGAAGCUAGAGCUCAGAAAGUGCGAGCAGACCUGAAGCAAUGGGAGGCAGACUGGGCAAAGUCACAUGGCGGGAAGAAGCCGGGGAGAGAGGACAUCAAGAAUACUCCCAUCAUAGCCCAGAAAUACAAAGACUAUAAUAAGCUCCGCGAUAUAAUAGCUGGGAAAUUAGUCCCUCCUCCAGACACCUCUAUAUCCAAGCAGAAACACGAGAAGCGUAUAUCGGACGGCGCACCAGUUGGAACUCCUAUGAAGCGAGCAAAGCAUGCCGAGACCCCUUCGAAGCGAUUGGCUCCAAACGGCGAGGAAUAUAUGAACAGUCCGGCCAUCUCUAGAAAGCUAUUUAGCCCAGCGCCAGUAACGUCCAUUGGACCGACACCUCAACGGGAUGGGAAAGUACUUGGUUUAUUUGAUUUACUGGUGGAAAGGGAGUUCAAAAGCCCAAUGAAGGGGGCGAGCAACACAACCAGUUCCCUGGCAACCCCCAGUAAGCACAGAAGCAGCUUAUAUGAGGAUGCUGCAGCCAACCUUGGCCGUACUCCAACCUCCACGAGCAAACGAAGACUGUUUUCAACACCAAUGAAGAAGAGAGAUGGGCAAAAUACGGUCGGAACGCCUUCGUCCGUAUCGAAACUGCAAUUCGACACUCCUGCGUUUCUAAAGAGACAUUCACUCCCGACACUAGACGAAAACACAACGUUUGAUGCCCCACCUCUAAGGCUACCGCGGAAGUCUUUGGUUCGUGGUUUGAGCGAAAUAGUAGCCAGCCUUCGGAAAGUCGAAGAAGAUGUGCUGGACGAUGAUCUCGAGGCGCUACGUGAGGCUGAGGCCGACGCUGAAGCAGAAUCCAGAGGUCCAAUUCAGCUUCAUGUUAAGCCGCAAAAGCAAGAACCAAAGCAAGACAUACUGGAACCGGAUAGCCAAGCUAAACAGCUGCCAUUGGGUGGAUUUGAUGAUGAAGGAAUGUACGACAGCCCUACAGAAGACGCUAUAGACCGGGACGGGCGACCUUUGAAGGUAUUCAAGAAGAAGGGCCAGAAGCGAACAACACGACGAGUCAACAUGAGGCCAGUUCGAACCAAACGGCCGACGAACGUGGCAGAGGGCAAUGAAAGCGGUGCGGAGGGGGACGAAGACGAUACCGUUGCAGAAACACAGACUCAGACGGGCAGGUCAGAUAUCGCAGGCGAAUCUGACGGCGAGUUUAUAGACGGAGACGAAGACGAUACCCCACACACAAAGGCUAAAAAGCCCGCCAAGGAGGAAGGAGUGGUAAAGAAGACGACCCGCAAGGUGAACCAGCUGGCACAUGCAAACUUUCACAGGCUGAAGCUGCGUAACCAUGGUGCCAAGGGCGGUCCAGGCUAUAACAGCCGAUUCAGAAGAAGGAGAUGAAGCUGCAGGGAGAAUGGGUGAGCAAUAUUUGGGAUCAAACGGAAGAGUAAGAUAUAUUAUGACAUGGGUUGUGGCUGGAAAUGCAUACCGGGCGUUCUUCAGGAUGGAAUCAGUAAAUACGCUUGGGAGAUGUUGGAAUCAAGAGCGAUAUGUUUGUGUUUAGACGACCUAUGUUGGCCUUUAGUAAUCCUAUUAGAUAACGGAUGAAGUCAAAUCCUGACAAUCAAGGCUAGCCUUCGCCAAUCGAGUGUGAAGUUGUUGUCUUCUACUUCUUAUUAUAACAAUCGGACGCCG